AGGGUCUAGUGGGUUAGAGCUGGAGCGGCAGGACAGAGCACUGGAAUGGAAACACGAGACCGGGAUUCUAUUCCCGGCUCAGCUAUUGGCUGGCUGGGUGACCCUGAGCAAGCUCCGUAUGGGACUCGACACCACAGAGAUGGAGCCUGAGAUGAGCACCUACGGCCCCUUCUAUCCCCCUUGCAGCAUGGAGGCCGGGGAUCCUGUCAGCACGCAGGGGCCGUAUGCUGCCCUGGGCCAGCCCUGCUGGGGCCCUGAGGGGACCCCAGUCCAGCAGGGCCAGCUGCCCAGGGCAGCGGGGGGCCCCUAUGGGCUUUGGCCCCAGAGGAUGGAGCCAGCCCACCGCAGGCUGGACCCCUUUGCCCAAGCCUUCCCCAACCUGCCUUUCGGGAAGCCGUGGGUGCUGGGGACUCAGGCAUCCAGAAGCCAGGGCUGCAGCCUGCAGGAGAUAAUGGCCCAGCCGCCUCCUAUAACCCCACAGGAGGGAUACCCCCCUGGCAGCCCCCUGUUGCUGCAACUCCCUGGAGACCAGAUGGAGGGGUCAGGGCCUCCUCUGUCCUACUGCAGCCUCCCAGAGAGGCAGGGGCAGGGCGGAGGUGGAUACGGGCAGCAGCGCAAGGAGCCCCCGCUUUCGUGUCUAUACCAAGAGAACCAGUCUGCUAGCUACAGCCCUCCAGAAGGCUACCCGGGUCCCGCUCCCCAGGGGCUUGCAGGCCCUGAGACGUAUGCUGGGCUCCUGGGCCCCCCUGACUGGCCCCCUGAUGCCGCCCCCAGCCUCUGCUGCUACCAGGACACUGAGCGCUACUGCAAGGGGCUGGAGUUUCUCCCUGCUGGUUUUGCCCCAUGGCCAGGGGUCUCCCCUGGGGAGCUGGGUUCAGAGGUCGCUGCUGCCAGGCUGGGACAUGAGCAGAGCCCCCCACCGGCAGGCCGCACUGCCACCCCCCAGGUUUCUGGGAGCUCCUUGGGCUCCAGUUAUCGAGGCACUCCUUAUUGGAGCCGGAUGCACCGGGCCAGGGGCCCCCCGCACUACACACCACCCCCUAUGCUCAACCCGCUGCGCCGAGGCACAGGGCUGUUUGCUGAGCUGGGCGCCUUGCUGGGCGGUGGCAGCCCCAACCCCCUCCAGCACCUGGACACCCCACAGAUAAAUGUGGGCCCUACAUUCCAGCCGGCACUGCCAGCUCUGCGGGACCCACACCUGGCUCAGCUGGAGCCCCCAAAGGCUGAACUGGCUUGGAGGCCCUGGCCAGGGCUGGAGCAGGAUGCAGAGACCCAGUGCCAAGUGGAGACACUGCUGGACAUGGCUUGCUCCAGUGCCCUCCCCGGGGGUGGCACCAAUCAGGAGCUGGCACUGCACUGCCUGUGCCAGGCUGGCGGGAAUGUCAUGGUUGCCUUGGAGACUCUGUUGCUGCAAACCCCCGUGUGGCCCAAAUGUCACCCUCUGGCCAGUUACCAUUACACAGGCAGUGAUGUGUGGAGUGCCCACGAGCGCCGCCUCUUCUCCAAAGCCUACGCCCUGCACCGGAAGGACUUUGCCCAGAUCCAACGUGCGGUGCCCUCCAAGCGGCUGGCCCAGUGUGUGGAGUUCUAUUACCUGCACAAGAGCCGGUUGCGGCGCAGUCACAAACGAAGUGGUGCCGGGUCAGAGACGGGCGCCAUCGUGGGCAGGGCCGGCCCCGGGCAGCCCCCACCUACCCCGGAGCUUCCUCAGGACUCGCCCCCCAGCUCCAGCUUCCCCUGCAAACGUUGCGGCAAGACGUUUUACAAGAUCAAGAGCCGAAAUGCCCACAUGAAGAUCCAUCGGCAGCAGGAUGACUGGGGUGGGCAGGGGGGGAUGCUGGGACCUGGCACUCUCCCUGCCCCUCAUGCGGGGUGCCCCCCCUGGCUCAACACAGAGCCAGCCGAGCCCGUUGCUGAGGCCCUGGCCUGCCCUGGGCUGGGGCUGCUCUAUGGGAGGGACAUGGAGCAGCUCUUCAUGUGAUGGGGGGCAGGACCCCUCCCUUGGCCUGGCAUGGAGAGCCCCACCUUCCAAGAGUUUGCCCCACUGGGGGCCAAGGGGCUGUGGUCUCCCCAUGGGGAGCAGAAGGUUACAGGAGCCCCCUGCCAUGAGGGCAGGAC